CGUCGGUGACUCACUGUUUAUAUAUUCUUGCGAAUUCAAUGCUGGUCGACACUAUUUGAAAUGUUUUAUCCAGCAGAUCCACGAUCAUAAUCGUCAAGGAAUGUCGAGUCUUCCCAAUUUACGCAAUUCUUUACCUCGUAAAGGAAAACACUGGUCUUACAACGUCCACGAAUGCAUUCUUCUGAGGGGACCUAAGACUGGAAAUUUCAAUCUUCAUAUUGUAGGAGGUGCAGAGAAUGGCGAAUUUAUCUGUAUUGGGGACGUUAAACAAGAUAGAUUACGGUACAGACGAGGGAAAAUUCAACCUGGAGAUGUAGUUUUGGAAAUCAAUGGAACUCCUGUGGCUGGUUAUACUCAAUUCGAUGUGCUACCUUUGAUCAAGAGUUCGAAGGAAGCUGCAACUCUUCGCAUUGUAAAGCCAGGAGAACAAAUUUCAAGAGACUUGCAGAAAUAUCUUUCAACCAGAUUUGACAAAGUUUCAGUGGAUAGUGACUUGCAGCAAACCAUCAGAGAAAAUCUUUACAACAGGACAGUACCAUGUACAACACGAUCCCCAAGAAAUGGUGAAAUACCAGGAGUUGAUUAUGUGUUUCUCUCCUUGGAGGAGUUUGCAAGGUUAGAACAAAGUGGUAGCCUUCUUGAAAGUGGAAUUUAUGAAGGGAACCACUAUGGCACACCAAAACCACCAAGGGAACUUCUGCCAGCUGAUAACAUGAUCUUUGUGCCGGCUAAGGGAAAGGCAACAGAAGACAAGGGAAGACCAAGAACAGCAGAUAAUCUCGGACCACUGCCACCAAACUGGGAGGUUGCAUACACUGAGGAUAACGUCAAGUAUUUUAUAGAUCAUAGGACUGGCACCACUCAAUGGGUUGACCCAAGAAUGGCACAGGUGAAGAAAGCCACAGUUGACGAUUGUGACGAGGAUGAACUGCCCUAUGGCUGGGAAAGAGUAGAUGAUCCCAAAUAUGGAACAUAUUACAUAGAUCAUGUCAACAGAAAGACUCAGUUUGAGAAUCCAGUGCACGCACGCAGACGACAGAGUCAGUCAAGCAGUGUGUCAUACUCCACUGCACCUCCUCCACAUGAGGGACCCCCAUCCUUCCAGUCUGCGGCAGCUUUGGCUAAAGCACAAGAAGCUGAGGCCCACUCAAGAUGGCCGGAUGUUGAGUUUUCUCAGCCGCCUCCGCCAGCAUACACAGACGAUAGCACCAACCAGCAGUUGCGAUCCCACCCCUCUUCUGUGGACGGAAGACAGCUGCAAGGUCAGGUCAUAGUAACAGAAUUGAUCAAAGGAAUGCGUGGGUUCGGCUUCACCAUCGUGGGUGGGGACCAAGUUGGGGAACUCCUACAGAUCAAGAGCAUCGUCCCAGACGGUGCCGCGGCAAAGGAUGGUCUGCUAAGAAUGGGUGAUGCUCUGAAAAGGGUCAAUGGCAUGUCUGUGUUGACUCGAAGUCAUCAAGAUGUUGUCAGCAUGUUUCAAGCCAUGCCCAUUGGGGAGAGUGUCGAGUUGGAGGUGGUGCGUGGGUAUCCUUUACCCUUUGAUCCGGAUGACCCCAAUGUGGAGACAAUUGGAUCCUACACAGUGGUACACGGGACCUCAAAUGGGUCAGAGUCACCUCUGCCGCGGUCCUCUGAGGAGAACAGUCCAACGUAUCCCCCGCAUCCACAAGGACAGGCGUUCAAUAAAUGGAGUAACUCACAAGAACCGUUGGAAUCUCCAUUUGCCCCAGGAGGGUACCCUGGAUCGAGCUUCCCUCGGACAUCCACGAACAACACCCUUCCACGAGGCACCCCUGAGCUUAUCACAGUCCCGGUGGUGAAGGGCCCCAUGGGAUUUGGGUUCACUAUCGCUGACAGCCCGUAUGGUCAGAAGGUGAAGCAAAUUUUGGAUGCGCCCAGAUGUGUUGGGCUUCAAGAAGGCGACAUUUUGGUGGAGAUUAACGGGCGAUUGAUCCGUAACUGUACUCACAAUCAAGCAGUGAAUAUUCUGAAGGAGUGCCCCAAGGGACAGGAGGCAUUUAUCGUGGUUCAAAGAGGAGGGAUUCCAACACCACUUCGAAACAGCCCUUCAUUUGGAAGAAGAGAAAAGGAGCAGGAAGUUAUCGCACCAAGAUUUGCUCGUCCAAAAUCCACUCCUGUUAUGGGCUCAAAUCAUGUCGGUCAGUCUCUAGUGGAACAUGGAAGCACUGGAAACCUAGCAACUGCCGGAGAGAGCACUAGGAAUCAGGAGACUGGGUACGAGAACAGAAUGCUUGGACAGCCAUCUUUGGACAAACGUUCUGAGGCUCUGUUUAAUUCAUAUCCAUCACUCAAGAAGGCUGUCGCUAAUGCUGCGAGAAGGUCAAUGGAAAACUUGACUGCUCCAGAAGCACUGCCUCCCCCGGAAAGCCCUGACUCAUUCAGUUUCACAGUGCACCUUCAAAGGGGGGAGAUGGGGUUUGGUUUUCGUAUCAUUGGGGGUCAGGAGGAAGGCACACAGGUGGCAAUAGGUACGAUCGUCCGGGGGGGACCUGCCGACUUGGACGGUCACCUUCAGCGAGGAGAUGAGAUUCACAAUGUGGACGGUAUAAACGUGAUUGGUGCCACGCAUCGCCGUGUGAUCACACUUAUGGGUAACGCUGCGCUGGCUAAGGAGGUCAAGCUUGGUAUCUAUAGAAACCCGAACAAAUCAGGACGGGCUACUCCCACGGGUGCCAUGCGGCGUUCCCGUUCAGCAUCAACGGAACUCUCCGAAGCCGCUCUUGGGGGAAUCAAGGCAAGAGAGGGGUCAAAGUCAACCGGGAAUCUCAACCACUACGGGAGGAACCACUACCACGACCCGGACGAGACUUCUUCCCUUCGGAGCUAUCACUCUACCCCUGGGGAAAGUUUGACUUCUGGUGGGUUACCACCUCAAAGGAACAGACGCGUAAGUGAGAGUGACGCAAGAGCUGAGCCCCAGGGUCCCACGUCUUACCGCGACGUCAUGCUGGAACGAGAGGAUAACGAGAGCUUUGGGUUCGUGAUAUUUUCUUCUGUUCACAAAAGCGGAUCAACAAUAGGUCGUAUCAUUCAAGGCAGUCCUGCCGAUCGUUGUCGUCAGCUUCACGUGGGUGAUCGUCUGGUAGCAGUCAAUGACGUCAGUAUCGUCGGUCAGCAUCACGGUGAUAUUGUAGAAACUAUUAAACAAUCUGGAAGAACUGUCACUCUUAGGAUAGCCCAGCAACGGCCUUUGGAUAACACGGACUCUAGAAGAUUGGCGCGAAUGAGUACCCCGAAUAUCACCAAAGCAAGCGAUGCUUAUGACGGCAACAGUGACUAUAGAAGGGACGCUGACCAGUGGAACAGGGAUCACGCGUACUCAGACCAGGUCGUUCCCGAUAAUCGCUUCCAAAGCCUUCCCAGGACACAGAACCACAAUUCACAACCGCCACCAAAAGUCCCUCCCCGGGUGGCUCCAAAACCUUCACGAGAGAAAGUGCUUCGGGUGAAAGAAGAGCAACGGCGUCAAGAAAACAGUGUCUAUAAUGUGCGAAACGAUCCGAGGAGGAGAUCGAAUCCAGAGAUUCAGUACAAACAACCACAGUUUUCGCAGGGUUACACCGGAGGGAUAAACGAUGAGCGGGGCUAUGACCUACAGACCAUGGAGGUGGAUCUGAUGCGGGAUUCCCAGGGGUAUGGGUUUAGUAUCCGAGGGGGAAGAGAGCUGGAUUUACCGAUAUUCGUGCUGCGCAUGGCUGAGGGUGGAGCUGCUCAAAGAGAUGGCAGGCUCAGGGUUGGAGACGAGAUAUUGGAGAUCAAUGGCAGAAGUACAGAGAAUAUUCCACACGCUGAUGCUAUAAGUUUGAUCAAAAGCGGCGGCAACAGAGUUCACUUGUUGAUCACCAGAAAUAACAAACCGGUUUAUAUGGGUAAGUAACAAAUAAUUUCAACGUGAUGGUAUCCCAAACGGCGGACACACUAUUCCUAAGAGUGGUAGCCUUCCUCGGUCUUCUUGGAAGAGUCAAACAUACCAUGGCAUGUACCAGUCAUAAAAAGUCGGAGGAAGUUUUUUCCUAUGGUAAAUUUUUACUAAAAAACCUGCACGAAGUUGUCAUAAAAUCGAAACUAUUUUCAGAAACCAUAAAAUUUCUAAAUUUUUGUCAAUUGAAUCUUUUCAGAUGUUUUAAAAUAUUAGGGAAUUUAUAAACUGAGAGGGAGUUUGAGCCUGUUUGUUAAUGAGUUCACUUUCCACAUUUACCCUGUGUAUUUAUUCCAAACUUUUGUGUACAUACAUGUAACAUUUUGUCAUCGAGUUUCGCACGCUCACUGGUCAAAAAUGAAUUUCACUUCAAGUUUCAAGUCUCAGUUUUCGACUUGUCUACCUUUUCACUCCCGUUAAUGACCAGGAAGUAAUUUCUCCUUAAAAUAUCCAUACGCUAGCAAGUCGGAAGGUAAUGAGAGUAAAGAAAAACAUCAACCAGAAGAUAUUCGACUAAAUUGCAAAUUCUCAAAACUAACAUUUUAAUAAUUGUAUAGCUGACAGUAAGGAGAAUUAUUGUUCAGAUCUAGGGAGUGCAACGGAAAGACGAAUUUAUUUUGCGGCGUCUGUUGUAUUUGUAGCUAGCCCGAGAAUCUUCCUAAUGCAUAUGAAAGUUGCGCGUGGUAAUCUUUAGUUGUGCAAACUCCGUGUCCACGAUCACAUUAUCUCAAUAUUUGUAUAAAAUUAAUUGUGGUAUAGGUAUGAUUUUACAGUUCACUUAGCCUUUACAUGUUGCCAUCAUUGAUUGAAACCAGCUCACAGCUCUUUUCUUAUAUCAUCACCAAUCUUCCUCCUCCUGUAAAAUCUGCUUCUCCCCUCCACACAUCCCCUGGAAUAGACAUUUUCCUGUCCAAUUUUUUAACCAGAGUUCAAUGUCCCCAACGCAUUUCAGUACUAUUUCAUAAAUGUAAUAAUAAUAUUAUUUAGUGAAUUCUUUGAGCAGACAGACGGAGUGUAAUUUAUAAACUUUGAAGUCCAUACUCAAAAAUGGAGAGAGCAUAGCUUAUUAGUUUUUCUUUUUAAUUUUGUAAAUUAGCUGUGCAUGACACGAAGAACCAGUCGAGCCUGCGACAUCGAGGUUCGUCGCUGACUUUGGUACAUGCGUAGUCCAAAAUUUACUCUUAAGACUUCUUAGUUCUGUGCCCUGCAACUGCCAUUGCAAUUUCUAGAAUACAAGUUAGGCCUCUUUUAGAAGCGUAGUAAAACGUUUUCACGAAUUUCCUGUUUUAAGCAAUUUUUUUCUAACGUCAUAAACGAUAUAAGUUGAUGUUAUAGUUGUUACGUGUGAGGAAUUACAUUGAAAACAGCUUUAAGAUUUUAUUCAAGCUUGUAUUAAGGUCAGGCCUGAGCUCAAUUCAGAAGCUACAUUGCAGUAGCCACGCUAAUUUUUUUGACAUGUAUAAAUAGUAACGUAGCGAUUUUUAAAAUAGUUAAACUACUGAGAGCACUUAGAGUGAACUAGGUGUAAAUUAUGACGUAAUUGACAGUUUGGCCAAUGAGAAUUGGGCGUAAAUUGUGACGUAAUUAACAGAUUGGCCAAUCAGAACGCCCUUUUUAUGUUUUCUAUUUAAUUGUGAUUGUAUUAAUCGUGCUUGGGUUUGAUUUGCUGUAUAGUUUUAGUCCUUUACACGUUAACAACAUUCUUUUAUUCUCUUGACCUAAAUGUUUAAUUCAGGGGUGAUACUGUGUCGAGAAAUUAGAUACUAGUUACUCUUAGGAUUUAAAGGAUGAAAGACAGUCUGUGAGGUGUUUCGGGGUAAAUUUUAUUAGUUAUAUUCAACAAUUCAUCAUAGGUACUAUGAUUCGAGGGAAUUUAAUAAACACUCUUUGUUAUUCAAAAGGUCUGUGGAGAAGGUUGGUGAAUAGCCCGGAGUGGUUUACAGCCUGUUCAUCAGUAUCGCUUGCGUAUUGUGAGUGUGCGAAUAAAUUCCUUACAACAGGAGUGUAUUUUUAAGCAAUUGAAUAGAAUAUAAAUUGAUUGAUGUAUUUUAGACGAUAUUUUUAGUGGACCGAUCGUAAGAUUCUCUCAUCAGUUGUGAUGCUGUGCUCACGCGGUAACAUAAAAUGCUGAAUUUUAUGCUGUUAAUGAGAUGUUUUAUACUUUUAUCAGAGUUUGAUGGUUGUGCUAUAAUUCAAGUGUUUACACGUGUUGUGUAAAUUGUAAAGUUUAAUAUCCUCGUCAGCGAAAGCUCUGCAUCUCCUGAUAAACAUUUGUACAUGUUGUAAUUGAUGAAAAUAAAAUAAAGUGAUUGUCAACUCUCA